AUGGCCACUACGAUGGCAUCAGCAGCGUCUCGGCGAGUCAUGACGAGGUUCUUCGCUUUGCCGCCCUCCAUACGACGAUCCCUCUUCACGACAGCUACUUCGCCAGCGAAGAACCCCGAAAUCUACGACCUGGUCUGCAUUGGAGGAGGACCCGCCGGUCUAUCUCUCAUCUCCGCCCUGCGAUCAAAUGCAUCCACCAAGGACCUGAAGAUAGCGCUCGUAGACGGUCAAGACCUAAAGACAUCCCGAACAUUGAACGAUCCUAAUGCUUUCGCCAAUCGUUGUUCUUCCCUCACGCCUUCGUCGGUUCGCUUCCUCCACGAGACUGGGGUAUGGCAGCACAUCAAUACAUCAAGGAUCCAGCCUUAUCACUCGAUGAAUGUAUGGGAUGGCGUGAGUGGGAGUAAAAUACAUUUCGAUCCUGUGGAUAAGACGGGUGGAAGCAUCCUUGAUAGCAUUGCGGAGGCUAUACCGGGCAGUCGAUUGAGACAGAGUAGAAGAAAGUAUGAGACGGAAAGAGAUGCGGCCACAGUAGCAACGAUGUGCGAGAAUGGUAACUUGACGGCAGCACUCUUACAAACGCUGAGCCAAGGAGGAACAGGUUGUGAGGUGCUGGACAAGACUCGCGUUGAGUCGAUACAACUCGGCCUCGGGCCCCAAGACGAGGAAACUUUGGACUUGUCUUCAUGGCCUGUCGUCAGUCUACCUGGAGGGCGAUCUAUCGCGGCCAGGUUACUUGUGGGCGCGGAUGGUGCAAAUAGCCCUGUGCGACAAUUCGCAGACAUACCUAGCCACGGCUGGGACUACGGUCAGCAUGGCGUCGUCGCAACAUUGCAGCUGGAUCACACUUUUGACGAGCGCGAUCUACGAACAGCAUUCCAGCGCUUCCUACCCACGGGUCCGAUUGCUCUGCUGCCGCUACCUGGCAACAAAGCCAGCCUGGUCUGGUCGAUAUCAGCGCCGCUCGCCGCAAAGCUGAAGCAGUUAUCACCGGAAGACUUUGCCACAAUGGUCAAUGCUGCUUUCCGUCUGAUGAACGUCGACUUGAAGUUCAUGCUUACAGACUCAUCAUCCAAUGCAGCAGAGGAGCUCGCAUGGCGAGAGCCCAACACCAAGGCUAGCGAGACUGGCCUACCGAGAUACUUCCCGCGAGUAGUGAGCGUACAAGAAGGUACGGUCGCAUCCUUCCCACUUCGCAUGCGCCACGCAUCGACUUAUACUGGACACCGCGUCGCUCUGAUUGGAGACGCAGCCCAUACCAUCCAUCCGCUUGCCGGACAAGGUUUAAAUUUGGGCCUCGCAGACGCGGAAUCGUUAGCCAAGCGCAUUGCAGUUGGCAUCGAGCUUGGAAUGGAUAUUGGUAGUUGUUGGUGCUUAGAUGAAUACAACUCGAAUCGAUGGGCUGCGAACAAUGCGAUGUUGGGCGUGGUGGACAAACUACAGAAGCUGUACUCCGCCGAUUCAGGACCAGUGGUAUGGGGCAGGAGUCUUGGGCUUGAUAUUGUGAACAGGCUUGGGCCACUGAAAGGUGCACUGAUGGGUGCAGCUUCGUCGAGCUAA